AUGGGCUGCACUUUUUCCUUAUCAGAUAAUGCAAAGAAAGAUGAAAUGAAGAGAUGCAAAUCCUCCAGAGAUCAUGCAGCUCAUCAAUUAGCUUCCCGCAAGGCUAAGAAGCCUCAGCGACGCCACCAUCAUCGUUGGCAAUCACGUCACGUCUAUAAAUCCCGCGGCGGCCGAAUGGGAGGUGCUGGCGGUGGCGCCAGAGAUGGCGACAUCAUCCUCAUGAUGUGUGCUGCAGUUUAUGUCCAGAUGGAUUCUGGGCUUGGUAUCUCCCAUGCUGGUGGUGCCUGUGGCAGCGGCGGAGCUUGUGGUGGCGGCGGAGGUGGAGGGUGUUGA